GAAGUUUGAACAUAACCUCAAAUAAUAAUUCGUGUAAGAAAGAGAACAUUUUUAAAGAUGUUUUCUCUCUCCCACAAAAAAGAACGCAACCCCGCACAUUGUUAAUAUAGCCAUAACCUAACCUAUCCAUAUAUUUAUUGGUAUAGUCGGCGUCGAUCCAUUUUAUCUCGACUCCUACCAUCGUGUUACUUGUUUUCGGUUAUUUUUUUACUACUCGUUGUCGCCGUAUAUAAUAUAUUAGUGUGUCACUCACUGUCACUGUGUCCUUCGUAUGGUUGCUUAAUAGUUUAUCCUCUGGAAGAUUACAUAUCCGCCACAGAUUCCAUCGUCCUGACGCACCGACGCACCGACGCGGUUCAAUCAAGUCGUUAGUUUUGAACUGCCAGAACUAUUUUGUUCAAUCGUCUACUGUUCAAGUUACAUUUCCGCUGCAGAGCCUAUCACCCUGACGCACCGACACACCGACGCGGAUCAAUCAAGUCGCUAGUUUUGAAGUGCCAGAACCAUUUUGUUAAAUUGUCUGCUGUUCAAGCCUGAUCACAGUCAACUACAAUUUUAUAAAAACAAAACAAAAGCAAUGUCUUCAAAGAAACCCUCUCAACAUAGUGGAGAACCAAGUGGCAUUAGAAGAUCAGCAAGGAAAAGAUGUCCAAAACGACAUCAAACAUUAUCACCUAAUCUGCCAAAAACCAAUAAUGUCAAAGCUGGUAGUAAAUCUGCCAAAGUUCAUACAGUCAUUGAUGAAAGAGUACUUUCAUUACCUAGGUUAAACCCCACUCAAAUUAAACCGGAUUCAGCAAUCUGGUAUGUAGUAAAUCAUGAAGACAAUUAUGAAAUUGAAGAUAUAAUCACAAAUGAGGUAUUUGAUAACAUACAAUGGGAAUGUGAAUCAAUGUUAGCAGAUGUAAUUCUACGCAAAAGACAAAUAAAAACUGUUACUAAUUUGAUUUCUUCUGUGCAAGAAGUUGAUUCACAAAAUAAUGUAGAAAACACUGGUAAACUACCUAUGAUUUUACCUAAAGUUGCUGGAGAAUUAUCUCAUGAUGAUACAUUUUCUUCAAAUAAUGUUGAAAAUGAAGACCUACCCCCUGAAAAUGAAGACCUACCCCCUGAAAAUGAAGACCAACCCCCUGAAAAUGAAGACCUACCUCCUGAUCAAAGCGAAUCGUCAAAAAAAUUUUGGAGUCUAGUUGAACCUUAUCUUGCUGAAGUAAAUAAAGAAUCCCUCAACUGGUUAGAAGAUUUGGUAAUGUCUUAUGACUCUGAACCCGAUAUAAUACCACCUUUAGGUGAACACUAUACAAAAUGCUGGGUACGGGAAGAAAUGCAAAAUCAACAAGCUUCAAGCUCCUCUCGUCAGCCAAAUAUGAAAACUCCACUAGCUGAACGAGUAUCCCCUGAUGUGGUAGAACUAAUUACUAGAGUUAAUAACGCUGCCCGCGGUCGUAAUGAAUCAACACCAAUAUACCAAAAAGUUAUUGCAGCUCUUUUAGAACAUUCAAAUAUGUCACAAAAGGAAAUAGAUAAAGAUAGUGAAAUUGAUAGUGAUGCUGAAGACAAACUAGAAGAAAUGAGCAAUGUUUGUGAAGAAUUUUAUGAAGAACAAAAUAUUAUAAAACAACUGGAGACAUUAGGAUUGAUUGGUAAACAAAUCAAGCAAUUAACAUCAUCUUCAAGUUUACCUCAUUCCUCAUCACAGGAUGCUGAUGAGGAUGAUGAAAUUUUAAAAGAGUUAAUGCAGUGUGAAGCUGCGUUAAGUAAUAUACGAGAACUGAACAAAAACCAAUUGACUGGAUUAUUAGAAAAAUGCUAUGAAGAUCUUUCUCAGCAAAAGAUAAAAAAAAAACUCAAAAAACUGGAUGAUCAGAUUUUAAACUUAAAAAAACAAGGCAAGUCGCGAAAAAAAUCUAGGAAGACUGCACUAAUGAGACAUCUAUUAGAUAAACGCUGUGAUUACAUAAAGCGGUUGCAAUCGUGUAAUAUAAGUUCUAUUAACAGCGAUGAUUCUGAAUUAAGUGAUGAAGAUGUGUAGAGUGAUGCAUGUAUUAUUAUAUCUGAUGAUUAUGUAGUUGUAUCCAACAAUGAGUAAUUUGUUAUUUUAUUUAAUAUGAGGCCGUAGACAUUAAAAUUUAUGUAUCACUACAUAUGUAUACAUUAUAAAGGAAGGUUACUCUUAUUUUUCAUUUGAUAUAUUAUUUUCAUGCCUCUUAAAUAUUUUAGAUGAUUUUUUUUUUCAGCUAGUGGCAUACACAUUUGUUUGUGUCAUCUAUUUGGUAUAUUUAUUUAAAGAUAUGUCUGUUUAUUUAUUGACUUAAUGUUUUUAUGUUAAGACCUUACAAAUUAAUCCUAUUUAGCAUUUUUAUUUUAACCAACUUUUGUUUAUAAAACACAGUAA